AUGGAUCGGCACUCGGAGCGUCUGCUUCUCCUGCGCGUGUACGCGUUCCUCAAGUCGAGGAAACUCAACCGCGCGGCGAACGCGCUGGAGCAGGAGGCGCGGCUCCGGUUCGACUGGCCCCGCGUGCACCUCAUGAUCCGGGCCGGGCGGUGGCGGUCGGCGGAAGAGUACACGUCGGCGUUCCUGGACGGCGGCAGGGCCAGCACGCCGGAGGCCUGCGCCACCCUGUUCCUCCUCCGGUUCCAGCGCUUCGUGCGCGCGCUCAAGCGCGGCGACGAGGCGUGGGCGGAGCGGUACCUGGCGCGCCGCAUCCUGCCCGUCCUGCAUGCCCACCCCGACAGAGACGCCGCCGCGGCCAGAUGCGCCGCCGUGCUGCGCGACAGGCGCGCCCUCGACGCGCAGCGUGACGAUGCCGAAGCGCGGCGCGCCUGCAACCACGAGUUCCUCGGCCUCAUAUUCCAGAACGAUGGGUUCUUGAUCCUCACCGACGACGACACCGAGCUAAAGCGCCUCGAGCGGGCGGCCUCCCUUGGUCUCCGACGAUACGCACGCCCGCGCCGCGGCCGACCUAGGGCUAGGAGGGGUUGA